CUCCUCCUCCCUUUUGGCCAGUAGGGAAGGAUGAAGUUUCCCACGAACCAAGCAAGAACGAACGCGAGGAACGAGCGAGGCACGGUCUCUGCUUUGAAACUAUAUUAACAGCCUCCCCUCGCGUUCUUCCUUGUCGUUCAGACAACAUCUGCAAGAGAAGAGAAAAGGGGAGAGAGAGAAUCUUGCUUGAGACAUAGAAGAAGAGAGAGAGAGGUACGACCGGUUCUUGCAGGGAAAGAGGGGUCCCCGUCCUUCGUUCCGGACAACACCAUUCGUACUCGUCCUUGCAGAUAUCUAGAUUCAUUACCCUAGAUUUCCCCCUCUCUCUCUCUCUCUCUCUCUCUCUCUCUUGUCUCUGUGCGUUGUUUCAACCCACCAUUUCUUUUUAGCUUUCCCCUUCACUCCCGAUACUUUUGCACCUUCCUCCAUUCUCCCUCUCCCAAAAAAAAUAAAAAAAAGGAAAGGAAUCCCCACAUAUAGUAUUUACCUUGCAUUCUCUCUCUCUCUCUCUCUCUCUCUCUCUUUCUCUCUCUACCUACCUGUUCUUCAACGAUGGCUACAUGGGUCUUGUCCCAAUGUGGCCUCAAACCCCUCCCUCAAACCAUCCCCAGAUCGCAACUCCAGAGGACGCCCACGAAAGACAACAGAUGUUUCCCAUCCACGCACGUCCGUACCGCAGAUCUGAAGCUCCGUCCGGCCGGGCGACCGCGCGGGUCUCUCCUGCCGACCCGGGUGAGCGCCCCAUUGCGGGUCUCGCCAACCGACGAAGAAGAUGACGCGGGAGAGAGGAGGAAACAAAACGGGGUGGUCGUCAGCGAGGAAGGAGGAGGAGGAGGAGGAGGGGAGGAGUUCUUCGACCCCGGCGCGGCGCCGCCGUUCAAGCUGGCGGACGUGAGGGCGGCCAUACCGAAGCACUGCUGGGUGAAGGACCCGUGGAGGUCGAUGAGCUACGUCGUGAGGGACGUCGCCGUCGUCUUCGGGCUCGCCUGCGGGGCGGCGUAUUUGAACAGCUGGGUCGUCUGGCCUCUCUACUGGGCUGCCCAGGGCACCAUGUUCUGGGCCUUCUUCGUUCUCGGCCACGAUUGUGGGCACGGGAGCUUCUCGAACGAUGCUAAGCUGAAUAGUGUGGUGGGGCAUCUCCUUCAUUCCUCCAUUCUAGUGCCUUACCAUGGAUGGAGAAUUAGCCACAGAACUCAUCACCAGAAUCAUGGACACGUCGAGAACGAUGAGUCAUGGCAUCCAUUACCUGAAAGGAUCUUCAAGAACUUGGACGCCAUUACAAUGAUUCUCCGCUUCACAGCUCCUUUUCCCAUGCUUGCCUACCCCAUCUAUCUUUGGAUUAGGAGUCCAGGGAAAAGAGGGUCACACUUCCACCCAGAGAGCGACUUGUUCGUGGCAAGUGAGAGGAAAGAUGUGAUCACAUCUACAGUGUGUUGGGCGGCCAUGGUGGGCCUACUUGUGGGAUUGUCCGUCGUGAUGGGUCCUCUCCAGUUGCUCAAGCUCUAUGGCAUCCCUUACUGGAUUUUUGUGAUGUGGCUGGACUUUGUGACUUACCUCCAUCACCAUGGGCAUGAAGACAAACUUCCUUGGUACCGCGGAAAGGAAUGGAGUUACUUAAGAGGUGGGCUCACCACGCUUGAUCGGGACUAUGGGUGGAUCAACAAUAUUCAGCACGAUAUCGGAACUCACGUCAUACACCAUCUUUUCCCUCAAAUCCCUCACUAUCACUUGAUCGAAGCUACGGAAGCGGCAAAGCCUGUACUCGGGAAAUAUUAUCGAGAGCCGAAGAAGUCGAGCCCGUUGCCCUUCCAUUUGAUUGGGAUGUUAAUACGAAGUUUGAAGAGAGAUCACUACGUCAGCGACACCGGGGAGGUUGUCUACUACCAAACUGACCCUAAACUUGGUGGUGGUGGCUCUUCUAGCUCGGAUGCUAAGUAAGAAGGCUUCCAAUGCAGCAUUUGAACAGACACUUCAAUCAUUAUAGAAGCCUAACUCUUGACACUUCGAUGAAGCUUCGUAUCAGAUAGAUCUCACUAGUUUCACUUGGUUGAAGAAGCUGCAGGGCAAGCCAACUUUCGUGCCAAUACAGAAGCCACUAGAGAGAUCAUGAUUGAUAUAUACGGAACGCUAAACUCUAUGAUCUAGCUUCUGCUUGUAAUAUGUAAAGCAAGAAGUUGUAAAUUUACAUUUGAAGAGGAAUAACUCGUCUCCUCAUCAUGUUUUAUCUUGUGUCAAGAAUGUCUAGAGAUGACGAUGAACAUUAUUUUCAUUUC